UAGCAACCAACAUAGAAACCGAUAUGUCGCCAGCAAAACACUGGAUAUUUAACUUUUCAUAGUUGACUGGCAUAGAAAUCAUUUUAAGGAGUUUGUUGUUAUUUAUCAUUUUGAGCAACAACAGCAUAAAAAUAUGGGUUUAUUGGCAAUUUUAAAAAAACUUCGAUCAAAUCCAGAAAAGGAAUUACGACUAUUGCUUUUGGGAUUAGACAAUGCUGGAAAAACCACGAUUUUAAAAGCUCUUGCUAGUGAAGAUAUUACUCAGAUUACACCGACCCAAGGUUUUAAUAUCAAAAGCGUACAAAGUGAAGGUUUCAAAUUAAAUGUCUGGGAUAUUGGAGGAGCUCGAAAAAUUCGACCCUAUUGGAGGAAUUAUUUUGAAAAUACCGAUGUUCUUAUAUAUGUUGUGGACAGUGCAGACAUAAAAAGGCUGGAAGAAACAGGGCAAGAACUUUGUGAACUUCUAUUAGAAGAUAAGUUACGCAACGUGCCUCUAUUAGUUUAUGCAAAUAAACAAGACAUUAGCCAGGCUGUAACUGCAGCUGAAAUUGCAGAGGGAUUAGGUUUACACAAUAUUAAGGAUCGUGAUUGGCAAAUUCAGUCAUGCAUCGCAAUAGAAGGGAAAGGAGUUAAGGAAGGACUUGAGUGGGCAUGCAGAAACAUAAAAAAGAAAUAAAUUUCAAUUGAAAUAUAAAAAACAAUUUAAAAUAUGAAAAUUGAAACACAAAAUACUUUCAUGUACACUUUUAUUUUGUCUAAUAUGUACAAAAAAU